UUAGAGAUGGCAACCGAUCUGGAGCUGAGCCCCACUGAGAUUCGCGGCCUGUGCCAGCGUUACUUGCACCAGAAUAUUUCCGAUUCGGAAUCCGGAUUUGAUAUUGUCAGCUAUAAACUGAAGCCCACCUCGGAUGCUCCAGCUGGAUAUUUGGGUAGCCACUUUUACCUUCGGGUCACGCUGAAGCUGCACAAUUCCGAGGAAAUCAAGCAGCUGACAUUCUUCUCGAAGUCAGCGCCUCAGGGUAAUGCCUCGCGAAUGGAAUACCUGGAGGACUUUGGAGUGUUUCAGAAGGAAAUCGCUGUGUACCAGCACGUGCUUCCCGAGCUUCACAAGGCCUGUGCCGAGGUCGCACCAAAGUGCUAUUAUGCAGAUAAGAAUCUGUUGGUCUUCGAGAACCUCGCAGACCAAGGCUACCGCAUGGGAGCUGGGCGCGAUGGUUUACUAUCUUACGAACAGCUCCACUGUUGCCUAAAGACCCUGGCCGCCCUGCAUGCGGGUUCCAUUAUUAUGGAACAAGAAACGGGCAAAAAACUAAACGAAACUCAGCCCAAAUCGGUGGUGGAAAAUGCCUAUCCCAGUGAUGUGCCACCAGAAAAUUUGCGGGUGGUAAACUUCCUAAACUCUUGCGAGGUGCUCAAGGAGUUUGUCAAACUAAUACCCAAGUAUCAGACGAAGUUGGACUAUAUUCUGCAGAAUUUCACCGAAAAGAUGUCUUAUAUUUUCGAGGCUGUCAAGACCUCAGAAGUGUAUACAAACACCCUACUCCAUGGCGAUUUGUGGGCCAAUAAUAUCAUGUUCCAGUACGGCAAAUACGGGGAAAGUCCCCUGCAGUGUCGCCUGGUGGACUUCCAAUUGGCCAGAUACGCCCCGCCUGUCCUCGAUGUGUUGACCGUGCUGACCAUACCCACCUCGAAGGCAUUCAGGGAUGCCCAUCUGAGCGAGCUUCUGUCGGAUUAUUACCGCUUUAUGACCGAGUUCUUGAAGCGAGCUGGCUUGGAUAUAGCUCGCUUUAUACCGGAACAAAGUUUUUAUAAGUCCGUUGAGGAGUUCCGAAGUAUUGGCCUUAUUGAAAGCUGUUUGUUCUGCCACCUGGUCAUGCUCCCACCUUCUUGCACCCAGAAAUUGACCAGCUCUGCGGACGGCUUCAGCGACUUCUUCAGUAAGAAACGCAUUGAGAUUUGUCUGGAGGCCUUUAACACAGAUGAGUUGUACAGGAACCGAAUGCUGGACAUGAUCCAAGACUUUGUGGAUCAGUUCGUGCUCAACGAUGAAAAGGAAUAGGGAGUAUUUCAACAUAAAGUUAUAUUCAAAAAAUAUAGUUAUACUUGGCUAUCCAGCAUUUGAACACCGCAUUUUAAUGUACAUAAAAAUUAGUAAAUAAAACAUAUUUGUAACUAAACAAUUGUCAUUAUGAGCUUUAAAAUUAUAAGGUGUAAAAAAUGUUAAAAUUAAAUUUACCAUGCUUAAAAAUUUAAAACUUUAGAAACUGAAAAGUGAAUUGUUACUGUGUGCAUAUUUUCUAAAACUUAAGUAUAGGCCUAAAUAUAAAGAAGCGAAUCCCUCAA